AUGGACAGCGAACUUCUGAUUCACGCAGCGGAUGUGGAGGGAUUAUGUCAGGGAAUUGACGAAGACCUCGUCACCAAGCUAGGACAAUGGGUCACUAUACCCACUACAUAUGCUGGUGGGGCAAACAGUGAGCACACCCUCGGUGCCGGUGCUCGUGUAGAUGAUGAACUCAUCUUCUCUUUAGGCAUCGACGAUCUACGUCUGGUCGAUAGCCUUUCGGAGGGCAAGGUGGAUCUCACCUAUGGGAGCUCUUUGGACAUCUUCGGAGGAGCAUUGGUGAAGUUCGAUGAUCUUGUCAUGUACAACAGCACGACGGUAAUCAAGAUUAUCUGUUCGUACCAGGUAUCUGGCCUCGAAACAGUACGGUCUCCUCCUCAGCUGUCGUAA